AUGGUGUCCAAGCUUCACGCAGACUUUGAUAUUCCUUGGUGCAAGAACCUUUUGCAGUCUGACAUCUUCGAAGUCGAUAUACCCUAUCAACACCCUUAUCGGAAUGACCCCCCCUUUAACAAAGAUCUCUCCAACAGUAUGUUCCGACAGACUCUCUAUACCGCCGACGGUAUCCGCGCGCAAAUCAACUUUAAGCGACGCACGGCAGAGGUAGACUCUAUCAUUCCCUGGGAAUACUGUUGUCUCUUGUCCCUUGGGCCUGGGAUCGAUGGCAAGACGGGUCGUGCACACGGGGGGUUCAAUGCCUUGUUGCUGGAUCAGAUGACUGGAACUGUGGCGUCAAUGGUGUCGCAGACCAUGGCACCGUCGACGGCUACCAUGACAGUCGAUUACAAGGCGCCGAUUGACACGCCAGGGGUGAUACUGUGUCGCGCAUGGCCAAUCGAGCGACAAGGGCGGAAAACAUGGAUCAAGGCGAGGAUCGAGGACGGGCAGGGCAAGCUGCUCGCAAGUGGAAAGUCACUCUUCAUUGAUGCGAGACAACAGAAAAUAUAA